AGAGGGGGAGGGAAAAAGAGAGUACAAGUGAGAGGAGGGAUCAAAUCGCAGCACACACAUUCUCACACACACGCAUUCACCCUCUCAGUGGGUCUUGGUUCACACAGGGCAGCACUCUCUCUUUCUCGCAAGCACACACACACACACGCAUCUGCAAAGAAGCAAAUCUCUUCCACAAGUAAGACGGGAUACAAGUCAAUAUUUGAAUAGACUUUGCCGAAAAGGAAGGAAGGAAAGACAAAGUAGUGAGUUGUUCUCGUGUGUCCUGGGAUUACAAAGAUCCCUGGGAACUUGGAACUUGGACUUUGGGAGCGAAAUUGAAGACGAGGAUUCUCUCUCUCCACUCAGGUGGAUAAUAUUGUGACGGCCGGACAAGGAGCGAAGGCAGAGAGAAAGGAUUAACCGGUUCUCUUUAAAAACAUUUUGGGAUAUCCGGACUUUGGAAUCGGGAAACAUUUCAUGAAGAGGGGGGAGAUGGGGAGAUGGACGUCACAUCUCUCGGUGGGGGUUGUGCUUCUCACGAUCUUCUUUGACACCUGCUACGCAGCGACAGGUAACCACUGCUUGGCUACCAGGGCCAGCACCUGCUCAGCUUGUAUCCAGGCAGGAAAUGGCUGUGCCUACUGUCCAGAUGAGAUGUUUGAAGGACAACGCUGUAACCUUUUGGAAAGCCUGGAGGCCCAAGGAUGUGUUCAGACGGUGACAGCUCAUAGCUCCAUGGAGACAGAGAAAAACGAGCAGAUCAACAUGGCGCUGAAGCAGUCCCAGGUGGCCCCCCAGUUGAUGUCCAUGUCCCUGCUGCCCGGGGAGGAGAGGCUGGUGGACCUGGAGGUGUUCGAGCCCACCAAGGGUCCUCUGGAUCUUUACAUCCUCAUGGACUUCUCCAACUCCAUGUCUGACGAUCUGGCCAACCUCAAGAAGAUGGGCACCAAGCUGGCUGAUCUGGUGAAGACACUGUCAGAUGACUACACCAUCGGCUUCGGCAAGUUUGUAGACAAGGUGGUGGAGCCGCAGACGGACAUGAGACCAGCGAAACUGAAGCAGCCCUGGCCGGACAGCGACCCUCCCUUCUCCUUCCAGCACAGUAUCACCCUGACUAGUGACCUGUCCACCUUCACCGAGAAGCUGCAGAAGGAGAAGAUAUCUGGCAACCAGGACGCCCCAGAGGGGGGUUUUGAUGCCAUACUGCAGACUGCCGUCUGUAAGGACCAGAUUGGCUGGCGUAACCACAGCACCCACCUCCUGGUGUUCUCCACGGAGUCGGCGUUCCACUACGAGGCCGACGGCGCCAACGUCUUGUCGGGCAUCCUGCCGCGCAACGACGAGCUGUGCCACCUGGACGCGGAGGGCAAGUACACGGAGGACACCCGGCAGGACUACCCCUCCGUCCCCACGCUGGUCCGCCUGCUGGGCAAGCACAACAUCAUCCCUAUCUUCACCAUCACCAACCACUCCUACUCCUACUACGAGAAGCUACAUGAAUACUUCCCCAUUGCUGAGCUGGGAGAGCUGGAAGAUGAUUCUGUCAACAUCCUCAACAUCCUGGAGAAAGCCUUCGAGAGUAUUCGCUCUAAGAUGAGUAUCCGGGCAGAAGACAGUCCAAAGGCGUUUAAGGCUGAGGUGUUGACGUCUGCUGGCGUCUUGGCUCAGGCUGGAACCUUCAAAGUCCAGCCUGGAUCAAUAGGCAAGUUCAAGGUGCAUGUGAAGGCCCAGGAGAAGCUGGGGGAGGUGCAUGUGUGCGAGGAGCAGGUGGGCAAGCAGGACAAGGAGGGCGUGAUUAGGGUCAAACCUACCACCUUCAGCACUGCGCUCAACAUCAAGACUUCCAUACGGUGUCCUACCUGCGACUGUGAGAAGACUCCCUCCCCCAAGGCGGUGAGAUGUCAUGGCAACGGUGACCUGGUCUGUGGGAAGUGCAAGUGCUACGAUGGCUGGCUGGGUCCGUUCUGUAACUGUUCGGCCAGCGAGUCGGCCAUCGGGGGGGCGUGUCUGGCGCCCGGGGUGACGGAGUCGUGUUCGGGGCGGGGAGACUGUCUGUGUGGGACCUGCAUCUGCUACAACCCAGACCAGUACGAAGGAGCCCUCUGCCAGUACGACCGCUCCCAGUGCCAGAGAUUCGGAGGCUUCCUCUGCAACGGUGAGGGACGGAUGUUACAUGGGGAGUGUGCGUGUGAGAAAGGAUGGGAGGGGCCUAGCUGUGAAUGUCCACUCAGCAACCAGACCUGCAUAGACAGCAAAGGGGGUAUGUGUAACGGGCGCGGGCCGUGUAAGUGCGGCCGGUGCGAGUGCCAGGGCUCGGGGCUGCCCCUCAGCUCCACCUGUGAGGCCAGCUUCCUGGCCCAGCUGGGCACGUGCGAGGCCAAGCGCAGCUGCGUGCAGUGCCAGGCCUGGAAGACGGGCGAGAGGAAGGCCAAGGACAAGUGCGACGAGUGCAGCUUCAAGGUCGUCAUGGUGGACGAGCUGAGGCCACAGGAGGACGUGAUCGAGGCGUGUAGUUUCCGUGACGAGGACGAUGACUGCACGUACGAGUACACAUUAGACUACCCAGCGGACCCCAGCUCCAAGGAGCUGGAGGUGCAGGUCCUGAAGAAGAAAGACUGUCCCCCGGCUGGCUUCCUGUGGCUGAUCCCCCUCAUCAUGUUCCUCAUGCUGCUGCUGGGGUUGCUACUGCUCUGCUGCUGGAAGUACUGCGCCUGCUGCAAGAGUUGUCUGGCUCUACUGCCAUGCUGUGGGAGAGGUGAGUGUGGCCGACCUACAGAAGCUUCUCUAGCUAUAUGACUCUGAUUCAACUCUGAACACGUCGUAUUA